GUGCGAGUCGGCGCGCGGCUCUGCCUUGUUCUGCGCUCUUGUCUCCACCCGUGCCCACCACGCUCCAGCCUGCUCCGCUCCGCACCGCAAACCCUUCUGCCUUGGGUCCCUGCGGGUAGGGAGUGUGUAGGAGACAUCGACGUGAGGAACACAUCGGUCGCAUGAAGACUCCAGCAUGUGAGGAGCAUUAGAGCGGAGCGCUCCACAUGUUGACAGAAAGACAUGGUCAUGGCAGGGUUAUAUGUAGGAGCGAAGAAUCGUCAGAAGGCCGUCGAGCACAUCUUCUCAAGAGUGAGACACUCGAGGAUGGACGUGGAAGAGUUCCCGCCCCCUCCCCCUGAGAUGUUGGAAGAGGACCUGCCCUAUGCUGAUGAAGACGAGGGCCAGCGGUUCAAGUUGGAUGAGGUCCCUGAGGCUGAGCAAGCGCCGCCGACCCCCCCGAUCCCAGACUAUGGGGAGCAAAGCGCCCCCCGGGAUGCACUGCCUGCAGAAGGCCUUACUGAGCAUCAGACCCUGGAAGCAGUGGUCUUGGAUUCACCUCUGCCUGCAGGAGGUGCUACCACUUCUGGUGCUAAUGCAGCCCUUGCAGAGCGCCGUGCCCCUGGUGAGGAUGCAACCCCACCCCCACCUGCCCCUGGACAUGCCCCUGGGGCCAUGUCUCAGGGGAAGACCAGUCCGUACUCAGUGAUCGACAUCGCUCCCGUGCAGCAGCGGCAGCCCUCAUCUUGCUCCCCGGAGAUGGGGGGCGACAUCCCGGAGGAGCCCAGCAUCCCCCGCAUUCCACCCGGCUACUCUGUCCCCCCGCCGUGCGGCUACGCUGUACCGUCCAAUGUGCCCGUCAUUACCCCAACCUACACCGCACCAGUCAUCAUCCGCCAUUUCUCCAUGGAUGAAGAUGUCACUGUUGUUGGGACGGGCAGUAUCGCAUCUGACGGUGUUUUCACCGAGGAGUACCCGGCCAUCAGGGAGGAGGACGCUCUCACUAGAUGGGUAUCGGACCCCGCCAACACAGCCUGGAUGGAAAGUCCAGAUGAGGUCAUUUAUGACGACGUGCCCAGGGAGAACUCGGAUUCCACCACAGACCCGGAGGAGAUGAUCUAUGAUGAUGUGGAGCUGGGUGAGGACGGAAGCUCCCUGGACAAUGGCUGGAGCUCCAGCGAGUUUGAGAGCUACGACGAGCAGAGCGACGCAGAGGGCCGGGGGGAGAACGGCCUUCCUGAUGCCUUCAUGCGCAGCCGGCCGCACAGGAGCAAGACACACCUGUCUCAAGACCUGACGCGCUUGAAAGAACACUAUGAGAAAAAGAUGAAAGAUCUUAUGGCAAAUACAGUGGGCACCGUAGAGCUGCAGCAGAUAAGGCAGAAACACGAGCAGAAGAUGCAGAAGCUGGUGAAGGCUGCUAAAGAGGGUACCAAAGACGGGCUGGAGAAGACCAAAGCGGCAGUGAAGAAGGGACGCUCUUUCAUAAGGACCAAAUCCUUCCACCAGGAACGGAAGUCAGCCAGUGUGGAGGAGGAGGCAGAGCUCUUCAUCGAGGUGGAGUGCUUCAACGUGGAGCCUGUCCUCGGGCCCAUGCCAGAGGGCCUGACACAGCAGCAGGUGGUGAGGAGGCACAUCCUGGAGUCCAUACUGGAGAGCGAGAAGAACUACCUGGAUGCCCUUAAGCACAUUCUGGAGCAAUACGAGAAGCCGCUGUUGGGCAUGGAGCCCAAGCUGCUGAGUGACAGGAAGCUGAAGGUGACAUUCUACCGCAUCCGAGAGAUCUUGCAGUGCCACGCCCUCUUCCAGAUCGCCCUGGCCAGUCGCGUGGCCGACUGGGACAGCUCCGAGAUGAUCGGCGAUGUCUUUGUGGCCUCCUUCUCGAAGUCCAUGGUGCUGGAUGCAUACAGCGAAUAUGUGAACAAUUUCAGCUCAGCUAUGGGGGUGAUAAAGAAGACAUGCAUGUCGAAGCCUGCCUUCCUGGAAUUCCUUAAACAAGUCCAGGAUGGCAGCACCGACCGAGUGACCCUCUAUGGCCUGAUGAUGAAGCCCAUCCAGCGAUUCCCACAGUUCAUACUGCUGCUACAGGACAUGCUGAAGAACACCCCCGUGGGCCACGCGGACCGCCUGCCCCUGCAGAUGGCGCUCACGGAGCUGGAGACCCUGGCUGACAAGCUGAACGAGAGGAAGAGGGAGGCUGACCAGCGCUGUGAGAUCAAGCACAUUGCCAAGGCCAUGAACGAGCGCUACCUCAACAAGCUCCUGAGCUCCGGCAGCCGAUACCUGAUCCGCUCUGACGACAUGGUGGAGACUGUGUACAGCGAGCGCGGGGAAGUGGUCAAGACCAAGGAGAGGCGCCUCUUCCUGUUGAACGAUGUACUCAUGUGUGCCACGGCCAACACUCGAGGCAGCCAAGAUGGCAGCAGUGGUGCCCCCUCCUGGCAGAGGUUCCUGCUCAAGUGGAGUGUCCCGUUGAGCUUUGUGGAUGUGGUGGAGUUUGGCUCCAGCGAGGACACAGGGGACAGCUGCAGGUUCCCAGCACCCCACUCUGGGGAGAAGGUGGUCGUCAACGCCAAGCCCAACAAGCUGUACAUGGGCCCUGGUCAGCUGUACCAAGAUCUUCAAAACCUCAUUCAUGACCUCAGCCUUGUCAACCAGAUCUCUGGCAUGAUCAGCAGCUUGAAGGGCAACUACCAGAAUGUGAACGCCACCGUGGCUCAAGACUGGGUGUCCGGCCUGCAGCGGCUCAUCUCCAAGAAGGAGGAGGAGAUCCGUGCCGCUGACCGCUGUAGGAUCCAGCUACAGCUGCCUGGGAAGCACGACAAGUCUGGAAGACCGACGUUCUUCAUGGCAGUGUUCAAUACUUUCACCCCAGCCACCAAGCAGUCCUGGGUCAGCAGUCUACAGAUGGCCAAGCUGGCUCUUGAGGACGACAACCUCCAGGGCUGGUUCCUAGCGGAGGAUGAUGGAAACCACAUGAAAAAGCAGAAACACCCCCUUCUGCUGAGACAGAUGCCUGUGGUCAUGUCCAAACUACAGGAGUUCAAGGUGGAGUGUGCAGUCCACAACCCAGAACCGCUCUACAACCCCGAGAGCACCGCAGACAUACCCGCAUUGGGCCACGGCUGUGUGUGGGUGGCCAGCUGCACAAACCAGAUGGGUCAGAUCUCUGUGGUGGCCCUGCAGAACUCCACCCCAAAGGUGACAGAGUGCUUCAACGUGGAGUCGCGCAUUCUCUGCAUGGCCCACGUACCCCCGGUUGUCACCCCAGAGGACAAGGAAGGCGUGGCAGAAACUGAAACCUCCUCAGGAAAGGGCGGAGACACUCCCACAGUUUGCUUGGGGAUGGAGGAUGGGAGCAUCUCAGUAUAUAAGAGCAGCCAGCGCUGGAAGAAGAUUCGGCUCCAGAACAUCCCGACGCCAGAGCGGUCCACCGUUACAAGCCUGGUGUACAAGGAGCAGUGUCUGUACGCCGGCCUUGUGAGCGGCGCCGUUGCCAUCUAUUCCCGAUGUCCAGAUGCCCUGUGGGACACAGAGUCCCCGAAGCUGGUAAAGCUGGGUGUUCUCCCAGUGAAGAGUAUGCUGGCCAUGGAGGAACAUGUGUGGGCUUCAUCUGGAGGACAGGUCUUCAUUAUCAGCACCAAGACACAUGCUAUAGAGCGCCACCUGGAAGCUCAUCAGGAGGAGGGCAUGGUGGUGUCCCACAUGGUUGUGGCCGGCGUGGGCAUCUGGAUUGCCUUCAGCUCAGGGUCCACACUGCGCCUGUUCCACACAGAGACACUUGUGCACCUACAGGACAUCAACAUCGCUACACCUGUACACCACAUGCUGACAGGUCACCAGAGAGUUUUGGUAAGCAGCCUACUGGCUUGUCAUGGUCUGUUGCUGGUGGGGACCAACCUGGGUGUGACGGUAGCUCUCUCUGUCCCUCGACUUCAGGGAAUCCCCAAAGUCACAGGACGGGGAAUGGUAUCCUACCACGCUCACAACGGCCCAGUGAAGUUCCUCACCAUGGCGUCUGCAGUGUGCAACCGGCCCCAGGAAUGUCCCCCCGGUAACCCAGGCAGCCAGCUCGAGGCAAAGGAUGGGGAUGGAGGCUUGACACCCGGAGCAUGUUCGAGCUCAGCCCGAGCUAGGGAGCGGGGUGUGUGGCUAUAUGAGACUGGCAGCUCCCUGUCCUCUUCCUGCGGCUCUUUGGCUCUAUCCCAGAGCUCCCUGGAGCAUGUGCCUGAGGACAGCUCACUCUAUGACCUGCUCACUGACCCUGCCCACACGCAGCGGGCUACGCACACUCACAAAAUGAGCGUUAGCUCCGUGCUGGUGGUUUCAGGGGGCCUGGGCCAUCGACGCAUCAACAGGAAGACUAAACAGUCACGGCAGGAGGAGAUUGUGUCCACUGUCAUGGUGUGGCAGAUUCCCCUGAUCAGCAUGUGAAGGGCAACUGCUGUACAGCCAGUUGAGUGACAAGCCACACACUCAUCACCAGCUUUGUUGUCUUCGUGUGUCUGUCUCACUGGCUCUGUUCUCUCAUCUUCCUACAGCUGUGAUGAUGCCCUGCCGUUAUCGGCCAACGUCUGCUGGAGUCACCUCCAGAUACACGACUUAAAACUGGCAUUCCCCUUUAGUGCUAGAGCAACUUGAGUAUGAAUUAGUGGAAGACUAUUAUUUUCACAAGGGCAGGACUUGGGGCUAACUGGUCCCAGGGUCCCAAAGCAGAAUGAGACACCGUCUCUAUUUGGUAUGUGUUGUCCAGGAAACACAUCCACCAACUUUUCAGGCCGUGUACGUCUUGGGCAUCAACCUUCCAAAUUUUUUGCCGUAUUCCUGGACUGUGAAUUAAGGUUUACCUGAGACCUUGAACCACUUAUGUGACCUUAAUACCACCUUUCUGUCUGAAGCAGUUAAUCCUUUUUCAUUAUUGCCAUAACUGAUAACUUGAGCCUUUUUGGUCUCCAUACCAUUCAUGAUCAAACUGAAUAGUUGUUUUUGACAGUUCUGAAAUUUAGUUUCUGCAUUAAACACCUUAGCUUGCUUCUGUUAUCAUCUUGUGUAUGAAGGCCAGGGAGAGGCCAGAAUUGCUGUAGUUCAGAACCAGUGUGUCGUGUAACUCUACAAUAAGCAGGUCAGUGUGAAGUGAACCUGUACUAAGGGACGCUUUCUACGGAUGUUCAUUUCCAAAGUGAGUCCGGUACCUCUGAAGGGGAACUUGUGUUCUAAAGGCCGCUAUUUUAAGGUUCAGGGGAGAUGUUUUGUCUGCUUUUUGUUGGUAAGUUAACAUGAGUAAUGAAUUUUGACAUUUGGUUUCUUUCUGUUGCCUAGCAUAGGUUCACCAGUGACUGACAGCUUUGUGGUCUUGAAGCAUGAUGGGAAAUUCUGGCUGGCCAGAAGUCUUAUUUAUCCUAAAGCUUACUUGGACAUGCUUUGUUCACAAGACUUCAUUACAUAGUGCCUAAAUUGUGUGAUGUCCCCUUAGUGAAACUCAGCUGUAUUUAUAAUGUUAAAGAGAACUUUAAAAUAUAAGAAUUGCUGUAUGUGUUUGUUGUAUACAUUUACUAAUGUACAAUCAAAGCAAUAUUUUACUUGAUGUCUUUUACGGUUUCUACUUAUGACUGCAAACUGCAGCAAAUGGUUAUUUGCUUGUAUCGUUGUUACUUAAGGUUACAAUUUAAAUGUCAACCAAUGUUUCAAUGAUGUUUGAUUUAAAAAGGUUCCAUUUUGUAGAAAAUACAAGUUCCAUGCUGCCCAGUUGACACUGUGAGAUUUAUGGAAUAGAUGCGAUCACUGCAGUCUAAAGUACACUUUAGUCUGCAAAACCACUAGAACUGCCCAAUGUGGAGCUACCUGUGAAGGAUAUAAUAGGACUCCAAAAAUAGUCAACUGGUUUCCAGCCAAUAGCUCUCUGAUUCAUUUUUAUAUAGACACAGAUGCAGCCAACUUUUAUCAAGGGUACAACAGCAGGAUGGUCCUGCAACUACCUGGUCAUCAAGUGAGCUCCUUACACCAAAUCUCACCUAAUAAUUGUAUAAAGGAACCUGUUGACAUUAAGGAAGCGUGAGAUGCAAAUGCUACCUGGUUAAAACAUGGCAAGUGCUCAGUGACUGAAAACAACAUUGGCUAUCCACUGGGAAUCGGUGCCUUACUGUUACAGCUUCUUACUGCUAUGGAUACUGGCUUGUAUUUCUAACACCAAUUCUAUAGUGUGUGCAAGUGUGUCUUUGCAAUAAAAACAGAAUCUGUGCAUCAUAUGCAUUGUCAAACGUUAUAUAUUGACUACUUCAUUGACAACUACACAUCCCUGAAAAGUUGUACAGUUCUUGCACUGUUUGGUGUGAUGUAGUUAAGCUAACCAGUAAAAAUUGCACUUCAGGGUGACCACAAUGAUCUGUGUUAUGUUAGCCGUGUUCUAUGGCUAGUUGAUGGCACGGGGUUGUCAUAAACACUACAGUGGGGGAAUUCUACUCACCUGAACUGUGUGAAAUUUCACCAGUGCCUGUAUUUUUAAUUAAAAUAUUUUAGU